GCCAGCUUAGACUCGCCAGCGGCAGGGCUGACAGUGGCUCUGCCUUGAGCAAGGAAGCUGGACCGAGGAAAGUGGAUGAAGAGCGUCCAGGCUCAAGCCGCUUAUUGUGUGGUCCCUCAACGACAUAUGAGGGACAGUCAGAAGAAGAGGUAUCAUCACUUCUGCAGAAGAUGAGCUCCUGCGUCGGGGCAUUUCUGCGGAGCACUUUUGUCAAGGGACGGCCAGCGGAGGCUCUGGCGCGGAAAUACGAGAUCGGGGAGGAGUUAGGUGCGGGAGCAACUGCCACAGUCUACCGGGCCAGGAACAAGCGCACUGGCCAAUUCGUAGCACUGAAAGCAAUGUGCAAGGACAAGAUCCAGGAUGAGACCAUGCUUCGCAACGAAAUCAGCAUUCACAAGGUCACGGACCAUCCGAACAUUUUGCGUUUGCUCGAGAUCUUCGAGGAUGACAAGAACCUGUUCCUUGUGACGGAGCUCUGUGGUGCUGGGGAUUUGUGGAGGCUCCUGCAAGCCAAUCAGGACGAGUUCAGUGCAUCUAUGAUCUCGGAAGAAGAAGCGUUUGAGAUUCUCAAACAAGUGCUCAACAGCGUGGGCUACUUGCAUUCGCGUGGCAUCGUUCACCGAGACCUGAAGCCAGGCAAUUUUCUUUGCUGUGCUCCGGAUUCUGAUGCUGUAGACCAGAAGAACUUGGCUGGGAAGAUUCGCAUCAUCAAGCUCGCCGACUUCGGGGUCUCCUCCUGCUGCCAUGUGAAGCACCGUCUGACACGCAAGUGUGGCACCGACGGCUUCAUGGCUCCAGAGAUUCUCCGACAUCAGCCGUACGAUGAGAAGGCGGACAUCUUCUCCGUGGGCUGCAUCUUGCACUGGCUGCUCACUGGUCAUCCUCCCAAAGCGCGAGAGGAUGGGAGCUAUGUCAUGAGCAAGAUCCGCCUGAACUUCGUCUCCGACGAGGCGAGGGCGCUGCUAGAGCUGCUCACGAGGCCCGAGCCGCAGGAUAGGCCUUCUGCAGAAGAGGUGCUACGGUCUCCCGUUCUUCAGGGCUCUGCACGGCGCUUGCGAGCGCGCUCCGCGCGUCUGGACGCUCAGCUCUUGGACCAGAUGUAUUCCUACGGGUCCUUCCCCUUGCUGAAGAAGGCCGCCAUCGUUGCCAUGGUCACGCGGGCAGAGUCUGAUGCAGACUUUGCCCCGAGCAUCGAGCGCUUCAUGUCUCUGGACAGGAACUUGACAAGUGGUAUCGACACCGAAGACAUCUAUGGGGCGCUGAGUGAAGAGAUGCUGGAUGACAUGCGGAAGUUGGUGCGCAAGUCCACGGCAGGGGAAGCGAGAAGUCGGAGGGGCAGAUCUCGCGCAAGGCGGCCGAACGUGACGCUUCCAGCCUCCAGGCCGAGGCCGCUGCUGGAAUGCACAAUGAAGAAGUUCCAGAUGGAGCUUCGAGAGGAUGUUGCCCGCCUCGUCAACAAGGUUGAUGCGACCGGCACUGGGCACAUUAGCUAUUCCGAAUGGCUCGCAGCAACAGCAGACCCCGCCUGGUACACGGACCCUCUUCACAUCAGCGCUGCAUUCAGGCUCUUCGACUUUGACGGUGACGGCAUGAUCAGCGAGGAGGAUCUCAAGUGUGUGAUUCCCGAUGUUUUCGAAAAAUUGACAGUCAAGGCUGUCCUGCAAGAGUCCCAGCUGAGUGCAAAGCAGACCUCCUGGAUCAACGAGGAGUGCUUUUCACUGCUCAUUCGCACCCAGAAUGCAUCGGUGUUUACAUUGCAACGUAUCUGUGACGGACUGGAAGAUCCCGUCGCCGCGGCUGAUGCUGCAAGCGCCUCUUGA